UUUUAUUAUUUUGUACUUAAUAUUAGACCUAACUGUUCGAUCGAAUCUGUCGCACAAGUGAAAAGGAUAAAGCAAGUGAUGGUAGUGAAAUUUUACUAGCAAAGUGUAAAUUUCGAUGACAAUUGAUUUUUAGAACUAGUGAAUGCCAGUCGUCCCUUCAAAUGACAACAGUGUAAAAAUGACCGACAUCAACCGCAGCACGCAGGCUUAUCUGAAGCACAACGGAAGAAUCGAACCGGUUCCGAACGCUUCCAGUACGCUGAAGCGUAACAACAGUUAUCAUCAGCGUUUGAAAAAAUCCUACAGUGAGUGUGAAUACGCUGCUAACAGUAGUAACAAUGGUCAGCAAUCAACGACAGCAGCCAGGACGACCGGUGCGGAGUCGGCAAAAUGGAAAUCCCAAUCAUCAUCGGAGCCGUCGUCUCAGCAGAGCGCGAAACCAGUGGCCACCGUCAAACCGGGCGCGGUGGUUGCCCCCGUCGGUUCAUCCGACGAGUUUAAACGUUUUCACAUGCUUCGCAACAGCUACGGCGGGAAAUCCAAUUUAAAUGUAAAUAGCAUCAACGAAUCUACAAUAAAAACGCAAGUUUUGCUUCAUCAGCAAAAGCUCAAAGAGUACAACCGACACGCUGCAGAGCUGAACAAUGAUAGCUACUCGACCUGUUCUUCAUCCCAAUCGGACUAUCAGCAUCCGCUGUAUUCACACAAACACCAUCGAUACCGACAUCACCCGCAGCAUCCCACGCAGCAGCAGCAGCAUCAGCAGCAAUAUCCGGUAUCGGCUAUGGUGGCCGCCAAUGCCACCCUGACACGGCCCGGAACCACCGGUAGUUCCUCGAUCUUGAAAAACAAGGAUACCAACAGCGGUGGCAGUGCCAAGAACUCGCUCAGGCGUGGUGCCGGCGGAUUAAGCACUUUAUCGCUGUGUAGCUGCGAUGCCGAAACGGAGAUAAUACCGAAUCCAUUAAGGCCAUUAUAUCAGUACAGUUUGGAUCGGAAGAAUCCCCGUCAGCACACCUACACGUGUGAACAGAACGCCCAGAUUCUGUUGCGCCUCGAAAAAGAUCGCCACCGAAAGUACGGGUCCUCCGGAAAGCUGCAUUUCACCACAUCCACCAAUGACCUAACCACUCUGUCCUCGAUGGGUCUACAAAAAUCCAACAUCACAGCAACCAUUCCCAGGACAGCGAGCUCGGGCCAUCUCGAACCGAAGUCGGCAAAUGGAUCGGAUCCUCAGUCCGGAAGUUUCCAUAACGAGAACGACCCGUUCGACUAUCCGGGAGUUUGCCCGGGAAAUAGUUACAACCUGGAGGACGAACCAUUCGUAGAGGAUAUGAUACCACCACCGCCCCCUCCGCUAAACCGUCGGCCAUCCUAUGGUUACAGUUGCAUUCCACAACCGUUGGCUAACGAGGUUGGUGACCUCAGUGGGAUCCAUCAGCCUCUCCAGCAGCCAUCGGUCAGCCUUGCUAAUGACCUAACCUCCACGGUAACUGGCAACAGUGGCAUCAUUCAUAAUUGUUCCUCGAAUCAGCCCGACUUGUUCAAUUUCGCAUCAACCGCUGGAAACAAAGGCAACGCAAUUGGCACUCACACUCAACAGUACCCGGCAAACUGUUUCGGAACCAGUGACUAUGCCUCGACACUCAAAUCGACGUUAAGGAAUAAAACAACUAACCUAGCACUAACCAAUGGGGACAAUGCACCCGUGGGCAACGAUGCCAACAAAAUCAAGCCAAAGCUGAAAAAGAGUGGCUCAAACUUUGACGUAAUGAAUAAUGGCUUGUUUAGUGACCCUAACGCGAAUGAUUCGGUUAGCGGAGGAAACGGGACGAUUCCAGUGAAACAGUUUCCGCCCUACUAUUUUGACGAUAACUAUUUGAAUCAUAGUUUGCAUCAGCAUUUCUACUACCAAAAUCCGGAGGGCCGAUUCCCUGCCAACAGCAUAAAAAAUGACACCGAAGGUCAACUGUACCUGUUCCAUCACGAGCCGUCAACCUACAUCCCGAACUACGACACGCUGAAUCUCCCGUCGAAGUACAAUACCAUCGGACCAAGCGGAAGCGGAGAUAACAGUGGUCACAUGACUGGUGGUGACUUUAUCGGAAACAGCAAAUAUCAUCACGCUAGCUCCUGCAAUCUAAACCAGUUCAACUCGGCGAAAAGUAAUCUCAUUAGCAGCCAUCAGCACCACUUCUCGAACUCGAUCAGUAAUUUCAACUUCAAUCCAUCACAGUACUUUGGAACAGGGUUAGACUCUGCACCGGGUGCCACCAUCAUCGGUGGACCCGGGGGUCUGGGAGUGAUCGGAGGUGACGGAUUCAGCUCGUCUAUCAGCCUGAACGGCGGUACACCGAAUAAACAGCAGCACACCUGGAAGCACCGGCAGUGCCCUAGCAGAGGUUCCAGCAGCACCGGUUCCGGAUCGUCAAAAUGGGAUCUACCUUCGCGUCAGUGGCUAGCAGUGACCUCCAUCCUACUGAUAGCCGGUGCUGCCGGUGUGGCCGUCCCGUUCGCCUUGAAGGUAUCGGCCGAGGCACCGCUCGAGGAACGGCUCCAGGUCGCUACCCAGCUGCUCGAUACAGUGCCUUUAAUCGACGGCCACAACGAUCUGCCGUGGAACAUUAGGAAGUUUUUACAUAAUCAACUCAACGAGUUCCGAUUCGACGACGACUUGAAGCUAGUGUCACCCUGGUCGAUAAGUGCUUGGAGUCACACCGAUUUGCAAAGACUGAAACGUGGCCGGAUAGCUGCACAGUUCUGGGCCGCGUACGUGCCUUGCGAGGCACAGCACAAAGAUGCCGUGCAGAUUACCCUGGAGCAGAUUGAUGUAAUUAAAAGACUGACGGAACGUUACUCGCCACAUCUGACUGCCUGCACGUCGGUUUACGAUAUUGUAGAAGCGCACAAAAACCAUCAAAUGUGUUCACUAAUUGGAGUCGAGGGAGGUCACUCGUUGGGUGGAUCGUUGGGAGUCCUACGGAUUUACUAUGCACUCGGUGUCCGCUACAUGACUCUUACGUCAACCUGCCACACACCUUGGGCGGACUCAAGCAACGCGGAUGCCCCGAAGUACGACGUCAAGCACGGUGGUCUGACGACAUACGGGAAGACCAUCAUCCGGGAGAUGAACCGACUGGGCAUGAUUGUGGAUCUAUCGAAAUCGUCCGUCGCUACGAUGAAGGAUGUGCUGGCGACUUCGCAAGCACCGGUCAUAUUUUCCCAUUCGUCAGCCCACGCCCUGUGCAACUCGAGCCGGAAUGUGCAGGACUCCGUACUGGGACUGGUGACGAAAAAUCGUGGCCUGGUGAUGGUUAACUUUUACAAUAAAUUCCUCAGCUGCAGCGAUAACGCCACGGUCCAGGACGCAGUAGCGCACAUAAAUCAUAUCAGACAGAUUGCAGGGAUCGAUCACGUGGGACUCGGUGCCGGAUACGACGGCAUUAAUUUGACGCCGGCAGGCCUCGAGGAUGUGAGCGGCUAUCCAAGGUUGUUUGCAGAACUGCUCGGUGAUGGGUGGACGGCCGACGAGCUGGAGAAGCUGGCCGGACGCAAUCUGCUUCGGGUGCUGGAGGAAGUGGAAAAAGUUCGCGAAAACCAACGGCUGUCGGCUGUCCGACCCUACGAGGACAUACCGAUGGCGCUACGGGCUGACGAACACUUCAACUGUACCACCAACAGUUAAUGAACUGUAGUACCACCUGCAGCGGUCGCCAUUCCAGAACUCGCCUAACUGUGACUGAAUUUGAGGACGGGAAACCCGUGUGGACAUGCUGCUGCCGAUCGCACUUCAAGAUCUCUAGCCUCGACUAGGUACAUUUUAGAUGUUUAGGCAAAGUGUAUAUUUUUCGACGCAGUGAAUAUCUCCAUGAGAAAUGCCUUUUUAAGUACAUAUUUAAUAGAGGUAGAUAAAAUUGUUCCGUUUCUAGGUUUGAAAAUUAUCUCCUCGUAAACAGAGCAUGAUAAUGAAAUGAGCGGUCUGUUAUAAUGGAAGAGGAGGAAAAAUCCUGCAUUAAGCAUAAUCUAGUAGAAUAAAAAAAAACGCCGGGAGGAAAAUAAACCAACAACACAAUGUGAACCACAGACAGAGAUCAUCUUUUUUUUCCUUCUUUACACUGCAAGUGAUUUCUCUCAGCUGGAUUCGGCCUAAGAACGGAGGAGUAAGCGGGCGAAAAAAAAAUAAUUAAAACACCCACAUUAGUGAUUAAUGAUGAAAUUUGCGGGUGAGCGGCCACCGUGGAGUCUUGCUUGAUGCCUGGUCAGGAUCCAACGAUGCUUUCAUUAUUAUUACAAACUACCCGACACACACAUUUUUGUCUGCUUCCUAGCAGGAGCUAAUCCAUCGUAUUCCAAACGUUGAUACAUGAAGCUAUCUCGGGAACAUUUUUUGUCUUGGGCAAUCCCAGUUUAUUUAGGAUUUCAGAUAUUUUUUUUUUUUUGAGGCGGUCCCUUGUAACGCGUUCCAACAAUAAGCAAAUUGCGUGAGGAUAAAAAAUAUCAAAGUUCUAAACACAUGAAACUGAAUCUUUGAUUUUUUUUUUGAUUGAGCUUCUUGCUUUCGCAUGCCAUUUCGAAAUGAUUAAUUUCCUUACAGCUAAUUCCGAAACGCUAAGUGAAUUAUAUUCUUUUAAUUUCUUGAAAUUAUUUAGCUGUAAUCAAAUCAGUCGGUAUAUUCUUGUGAAUAAUCGCCCAGAGGAAACAAUUUACAUUAGAUCUACGGAUCAAACCACUGUUGCUUGAACGCAUUGGACAAGAUUGGAAAUUUUGAAAUCGCGUGAUUUACAAUGAUGAAAUGAUUUAUGAGAAGUAUCUUUUCAUCCCUUCCCACCGAAAGAUUAAAAAAAACACAAUUAAAUAUUAUGCCGAAAAUGACCAUUGGCACAAUGACGCUGCAAUGAAAUGUAGAGGCACUGCUUGUUUAGAGAUGAAACUUUUAGCAAGAGCUGUCGAAUCGGUAGGAAAAUUUUCAAUUACUUCACCUUUUUAACGAUUUCUUCUAAAAAUGGGCAAAUUCAUUCGAAAAAAUCCUAGAAGAAGUGGAAGAAAAAGUUUUUACUUUAAGGUGGUAAUGUUAAUCCUAAUUUAUUAUGCGAAAACUAACGUUUAUUCUGAAUUGCGCAUUAUACUUGGUUCAAUAUCAUUUUUCAAAUGCCGGGAAAUAAGAAAUAGAAUGUCCAAAAUAGAUGGUACUCGACCGCCAAACUUUCCAGUACUCGAGAAAUCAACAUUACACUGGCUCUGUUUAAAAAUGUGUUGGUCCAAAAAACCAAACCUUGCCCAAAUUCACACAUUUUUGAAGAUUUUCCAUGGUGAAUCGUAGUUUACACUAAAAAAAAGGUAGUGGUAAUCACUUUGAAACCGAUUUUAUUCUACUCCGAGUUUAUUUUUAUUGCUGAUAUCUAUUUGUACUAUUGAAUAAACUCUUUGGCAGGUGCCGCUACCGGUAAUUCAGUUUUGCGACAAUGUGCCCAUAAAGAAACACGUCGGUCAAUGAGUCCCCGAUCUGACAGACAGAUGGCGUCACUAAUUAAAAAUACUUUUGAAAAAAUGGAAACAAUGGAGAGUAUGCCGUGUAUUCCGUGUGUUGAUAAAACACUAUUUUUCAAUUGAAAGCCUGUUUUAAUCCACCUUGUGGUGCAGUGAUGCCUUUAUAAUUAUCAUUUCUUUAGAAAUUGAUACAAGUUCCGAUGGAGCUUUUUACAAUCUAUUCCCAGAGCCGGAACUCGGAGACCGUCACAGUCGUACAAAGUUUUGGCGGCAGUCAAAUAGCUAAGCCUACAAGUUCGAGUAGUUAUAAAAUCGGCUUUGAAAAUUUCGUACUUAUCACUGUAGUAAAUUUCAUGAUUAGACAUUUUGACCAACAUACAAUAAGCGAAAAACGAAAAAACUAUUCCAUUCAAAUGUUGAUUAUAGAGACACAUACUUUGUUUGAAUUAAAACUGGUUAAUUCACCUUUCAUGCACUAUUUCGGCUGAGUCAAAUAAACGAAAAUGAAACCAAACGAAAACCUGAGCUCCAAAGCACGUUGUGUGCUUCGUUCGCAAAGGCGGUGGUGUUUCCUUCUGCCGUACUAACACGAACCGAUGCGUAUCGGUUUUGCAUUUUAAUUUUGUAUAGCGGUUUGAAAGUAUUGACACUCAUCGCCCUAUAAUUUCGAAACCGGAAGUCGGAUCUGGAUGAAACUGAUGAAAAGUAUCUUUUAAAACAAUCAGAACUUUAAUUAUAAUUAAGACUUGUCUUACCGUUAAUGAGAAAUCGGAAUAAAUUCCAUUUUUUAAAUUUUUCUUCACUAACACAUGGAUCAAUAAGUCCCGAGACUAACAAUGGAAACAAUAUUUUUUUGGCAAAUAUUUUUUUUAUUCAUCAACAUAAUCACCUUUUAGGGUGGUUCCAACGUUUUUCCAAUUUUGCAAAACCAUGUUUAUAAAAAAAAUUAUCUUUCGCUUCAAAAUAAGCUUCAGUUUCAGCGAUGACCUCCUCAUUUGAGCCAAAUCUUUAUCCCUGGAGAAUUUUUUUAAGAUCAGCAAAGAGCCAGUAGUUACUGGGGGCUAAAUCUGGCGAGUAUGGGGAUGGGGAAGCAGAUCAAAGCCCAAUUCGUUCAAUUUCGCCAUUGUUUACAUCGACUUGUGGCAGGGUGCAUUGUCUUGAUGAAAAAGAAUUUUUUUUCUCUGCAUGUGCGGUCAUUUUUUUUGCGAUUUCCUCCUUCAAACGCAUCAGUAAGUCAAAACAAUAAUCACUGUUGAUCGAUUCAACUUUUUCGAGGUAGUCAAUGAAAAUCACGCCAUGCGUAUCCCAAAAAACUGACACCAUGACUUUGCCAGCAGACUGCAGCGUUUUCGGACGCUUCGGACGGCUUUCGCCAGCUGUGCGCCACUCAGAUGACUGCCGCUUCGACAGUCGGAGUGUAGUGAUGUAUCCAUGUUUCGUCAUGGUCACGUAACGACGCAAGAAUUCUUUUUUGUUGCGAGUAAAUAGCGAUAAACUGCUUUCUGAAUCAUCGACUUGUUGCUGUUUUUGUUCCAUCGAAAGCAAUCGCGGCACCCACUUGGAAAAAUCCUUUUUCAUGCUCAAUUUUUCUUGAUGGAUGGUAAAUACACUUCCAUAUGAUAUCUGUGAGUCUCAGCAAUCUCACGAAGCUUCACUUUACGAUCUUUCAUUAUAAUUUUUGUCACUUCACUCACAUUUUCCGGUGUAACGGCUUCCACAGGUCUACCCGAGCGUUCCGCGUCAUUUGUGUCGGUACGACCACGUUUAAACUCGGCGAACCACCGACAAAUCGUUGCUUUCGAUGGACAAGAUUCCGGAUAACAUUUUUCAAUCCAUUGUUUCGCUUGCACGGUGUUUUUACCCAUUAAAAAACAAUGUUUUACCAAAACACGAAACUCGGUUUUUUCCAUUUUUUAAACAAACUACAAAACGACUUUACUCCAACCUCGAUAACUCAGCUGUUUCUGGUCGGAUCGACUUAAAAUUUUGACCCGUUUCAAGCAAAGGUUAGUACUCUUGAAAGACGUUUUUACUGGUUUACUACGAGCGCCAUCUCUGCUUUAGUCUCGGGACUUAUUGAUCCAUGUGUUAUUAUCGGUGCUUUUGGAAUCGGAAACCGGCAAGCAGGACUCCCAAAGUAGGUUUAUAUAUCCAACAACUAACUAAAUCUACCAACUAGAAACUAACGUUUAACCCAACUAGAAACUAACGGUUAACCUGAAGAAAAAAAGAUCCAUUGAUCAAACGUUCCCCAAAUAAUUGCCGGAGUUUAGUCUAGCCCGAUUUUUAGUAAGGAGAAAUAUAAUAAGGCCUUUCUAUAUAAGAUAACGAUCUCAUCAGUAUCCUGCUUCUCCUAUUCACAUUUUUGUAAACGUCGCAAGAUGACACACCACUAUUACUCAAAAUAACUAUUUCGACCAAUUAUUUUAAGGAUUGUAUCGAAAAUAAGCUUUCCACAAAUUUUUCUUUCAAAUUAUGUUAAAAAACGAUAUUUUAUUCAAACUGAAAAAUGAUUCUUUUUUGUACGAGGUUAAAUUGAGCAUAAUGAAAACCGGAUGAAAUUUAAAUUAUUCCUUCUCGAAUUUUUGAACUUUUGAUCGAACGCUCUUCAUCAAGUUCCGGACAAGUGUUGCAUCACAUUGGACGCUUGAGCCCAAUUUUUUGAAAUCCUGCAUGUUCCCAGCUGCCUUACCAAUCUUCUCUCCACGAUUGCACAGAAACGUUCGAUGGGUCAAAGCUGAGGGCAAUUUGGUGGAUUGAUAUUUUUCUCAACGAAAUUCAUACCCUUUUCCGCAAGCGAAUUGAGAGUGGUUUUGGUAUAGUGAGCCGACGCUAAAUCCGGCCAAAAUAGUGGAGGUGUACUAUGCUUCUUAUAUAAAGGCAGCAAUCUCUUCUGGAGACACUCAGAUCGAUAGAUUUCUGGUUUUAUAGUUCCGGUAGUGUAAAAAAUUGUUGUCUUCAAACGACAACAUAUUGCUUGCCAUACCUGUUCCUUUCGACCAAAUUUCUCCACUUGAAUCGACCUGUCCGCAUCGCUCACAUCCUCCCCAACGACGACAGUAAAGUAUUGUGGACCUGGAAGGGUUUUUGAGUCCUCCUUUGCAUAAGUCUCAUCGUCCAUCAAAACGCAUGUAUCCGCACACUGCAGAAGACGCGAAUACAAUUUCCGGGCCCUUGUUGCUGAUCGCUUCUUCUGUUCUACUCUUUGUUUCGAGAUUUUCUGCUUCUUGUAGGUCUUCAGGUGAUUUCGCCUCUUGAUUUGCUUGAUCAUUCCGACACUCGUUCCUACUUUUUCGGCCAAGUCACGUAUUGACAUUGAUUUGUUCUUCAUGAUAAGAGAUACCACUUUCUGGUCUAGUUUCUGUUUGGAAGACACGGGUUUCCUGCCUUUUCCUGGUAACUCAUCCAAAGAAUAAUGUUCCCAAAACUUAUUAAUGAUGGUUUAGACACUGAUAGAUGAAUUCCAGACCGCUUUGCCUAUUUUCGCAUAGUAAUACCCUUCUCACUUAGCCAUUUGUCCAGAACCUUAAUUUUCACUUAUUUUUCACAACGCGACAUUUUGAAAACGCAGAAUUUCAACCGCACAAACAAGUAAACAAACGAAAGCUGACAGCCAAACGCACAACAUGCUGUGAUCUGAGCAUAAAAAACCAUCACAAAUACAAGCGUACAACACAAAUGUAUGUGAAUAGCUUAUUUUCGAUACACUCCUUAUUAUAAGUUGCUUGAUACACAUUGAAAUUAAUCGUUUUUGAGAGUAUCGCAUCGUACUCCCAGUGAUGGCAACUCUCCACUUAAAAUUCGGAUGAGUCUAAAUUUCCGACAAAUUCGAGUACUACCUCUUUGAUGCAAAAAACAGUCUCUUUGUCAAUAGAAAAAAGUUAUAACGGAUAAUUAACUGGCCAAGAUCGGCAUCAGAUCUUUGAAGCAAGAUCCCGCACUAUGUACAGGGUGAUUUUUUAAGAGCUUGAGAACUUUUUUAAACAAUAAAACGCAUAAAAUUUGCAAAAUCUCAUCGGUUCUUUAUUUUAAACGUUAGAUUGGUACAUGACAUUUACUUUUUGAAGAUAAUUUCAUUUAAAUGUUGACCGCGGCUGCGUCUUAGGUGGUCCAUUCGGAAAAUCCGCUUUUUUAUCGACAAAUUUUGUUCAGCGAUGAGGCUCAUUUCUGGUUGAAUGGCUACGUAAAUAAGCAAAAUUGCCGCAUUUGGAGUGAAGAGCAACCAGAAGCCGUUCAAGAACUGCCCAUGCAUCCCGAAAAAUGCACUGUUUGGUGUGGUUUGUACGCUGGUGGAAUCAUUGGACCGUAUUUUUU